AUGGCCAUUGCUUUCAAAGCAAGCACGAGUGCUUGUACUGCACAACAGCUGUGGGGGCAUCCAACCAGGGAUCAGUGUCAGUAUGGUUUCACUCACUUAAAUGAACGAAAGAGCAGAAAAGGCUCUGCUGCACUGCAUGCCAGAGCUGUUUCAGGGAAGUUGGACCUGGAUUUCGGUGAUCCUUCUUGGAAGCAAAAGUAUCAGGAAGACUGGGAUAGGCGCUUUAGUUUGCCACAUAUUACAGAUGUAUUUGAUUUAGAGCCAAGGCUCACUACAUUUUCUCUGAAGAAAAACAGAAGUCCCCUGGGCGCUAGCGAUGCUUCAUCACCUGACAAGUGGAAUGGCUAUGUGAAUAAGGAUGAUAGAGCACUUCUGAAGGUGAUUAACUAUGCCUCUAAUACUUCUGCUGGAGCUGAGUGCAUUGAUCCUGAUUGUAGCUGGGUGGAACAUUGGGUGCAUCGUGCAGGGCCUCGUAAGGAAAUAUACUAUGAGCCAGAGGAAGUAAAAGCAGCCAUUGUUACCUGUGGAGGGCUCUGCCCCGGUUUAAAUGAUGUCAUUAGACAGAUAGUAUUUACCCUGGAGAUCUAUGGGGUGAAGAAUAUUGUCGGAAUUCAGUUUGGUUAUCGUGGAUUUUUUGAAAAAGGCUUAAAAGAAAUGCCACUUUCACGUGAUGUGGUGGAGAACAUAAAUCUUGCUGGUGGAAGCUUCCUAGGUGUCUCACGUGGAGGAGCUAAAACUAGUGAAAUUGUAGAUAGCAUACAGGCCAGAAGAAUCGAUAUGCUAUUUGUAAUAGGAGGAAAUGGUAGCCAUGCUGGAGCUAAUGCUAUCCACGAGGAGUGCCGUAAGAGAAAACUGAAAGUUUCAGUUGUAGCUGUUCCAAAGACCAUUGAUAAUGAUAUACUUUUCAUGGAUAAGACAUUUGGUUUUGACACAGCUGUUGAAGAAGCUCAACGUGCAAUCAAUUCUGCCUAUAUAGAGGCACGUAGUGCAUAUCAUGGAGUUGGGUUGGUCAAAUUAAUGGGAAGAAGCACUGGGUUCAUAGCCAUGCAUGCUUCUCUUUCUAGCGGACAGAUUGAUGUCUGCCUAAUACCUGAGGUAUCUUUUACACUUGAUGGAGAACAUGGUGUCUUGUCACAUCUUGAGCAUUUACUGGAAACCAAGGGAUUUUGUGUGGUUUGUGUGGCUGAAGGUGCAGGACAGGAUUUACUGCAAAAAUCAAAUGCAACAGAUGCUUCAGGAAAUGUGAUACUUAGUGAUUUUGGUGUCCACAUGCAACAAAAGAUCAAGAAACAUUUCAAGGACAUUGGUGUUCUAGCUGAUGUGAAGUACAUCGACCCAACAUAUAUGGUCCGGGCGUGUCGUGCAAAUGCAUCUGAUGCCAUCUUGUGCACUGUGCUUGGACAAAAUGCUCUAAACACUUUCACUCUGUUCUUUAAUUCACUGAUGACUCUCAGAAGUCACACCAUGAACAAAAGCGGGAUGACAAUGUAUUCAAGUGGGAAGCAUAUGAGCCUGGGCAUCGAGUUGGAUUUCUAUUUCCCCCGCCCCUACUUUAUUAAGUCAAGACAAAGAAACCGACGUUCCACAUUUCACAGCUCUCGUAGCAACCAAAAGUAG